AUGUCCUUUCAACCAGCUAUACGAGCACGCAUUCCCUUCAAUCUUUCAUCAAACAAUACCAUUGAUAAACAAACACAUGCAUAUACAAUAUGGCUCAAUGCUUUAUUUACACCUGUAGAAUUUAUAUGUAAUACAACAGUAAAUCAAUCUGUAUCAAAUGAAGGAACAACAACAAAAACACUUAGAUCUGUAGCCGAAUUAAAUCGUUGGUAUAUAUUACGUGAUCAUGCUCGUGAAAUCUUUGCACGUGAUAUUCAAAGCAUAGCUACAAAAAUCAAUUCUGAUAUUGAUAUUAAUCAUUGUCGGAUAAAUCCCAAAUCUGAUUUAAAUUUUUCUGCAAGAACAGUUAAUCGACAAGCAUUAUUAAAUUUUAUAUCACAAUAUAACCGAAUAUGGUUUCGUUUAGCAAUGGAAAUUAUUUUUUCAAUAAAUAUUGAAAAUUAUCAACAAAUGAAAACAUCUAUUGAUCAAUGUCUUAUUCAAUUACAUAAUAAUAAUGUAUCAUUAUCAUUAAAUGAUAUGAAUUUAAAAAAAUCAAUUUUUAAUAAUAAUAAAACGGCUUCAGUACAAAUUCGUUUAACCAUUAAAAAUUUAAUAAUAAUGGUUAUUUUUCUUGAACGUGCAAAAUUAUUACGUUUAAUUGACAAUGAUCCAUGUUUAUAUAAUUAUGAUUCAAAAUUUAAAUCAACAAAGGAAUCUAUUGAUAUUUUAUCACAGGAUUUUAUUAGUUCAGAUACAAAUCUUUUACGUCGUCUUAAAUUAGCUGGAUAUGAACCAACAUAUAGACAAACAUCACUUGAUGAAUUUAAUUAUUUAUUAACAAAUAAUGAAAAUAAAUUAUGGGAAGAUUUAAAAGAUGGUAUUCGUUUAACACGUUGUGCACAAAUAUUAUUAUCAUCAACAAAUGAAUAUGUUGCAAGAUAUGAUUUAUCAACUAAAUUAAAAUGUCCAGUAGUUAAUCUUGUUCAUAAAUUACUUAAUAUUGAUCAAGCUUUUGAAUUACUUCAAACAUAUGGACAUGUUAAUUUAACUAGAAUGAUUGAAACAUCGGUAGAUUUUCGUGAUAGCGAUUUAGACGCUCUAUUAAGAAAGGUUUUAUGUAUCAUUUCAAAUAAAGAUAUCAUGAAUGGUAACAAACAAUGUACUCUUGAAUUACUUUGGCGUAUAUUUAUUGUUUGUUAUUUAUCUAAACAAUUAUCACCAAUAGAAAAAUUAAAUCAAGAAAUUUCAAUUCUUAAAACAAAUCUAUCAAAAUAUGCAUCUUGUUCUAUUGAAGAACAACUCAUUACAAUUGAUAUUGUUCCUUUACAAAAACAACAUAUUAAUUUGACAUCAACUAUUCAUUUAUUAAUUAAAUGGGUACAAUUAAUUUGUGCACAUUAUAAAUUUUGGUUAUAUGAUUUACAAGAAUCAUUUGCUGAUGGUCGUGCAUUAUUAUAUAUUAUUUCAUAUUAUUUACCAUCCUUAUGUGAUUAUAAACGUGAUAUAAAACAUUUAACAACAUUAGCAACAUGUCAAACACGUAAUGAACAUAUAAAAUUUAAUGUUGAACUUGGACAACAACAAUUAAUAAAUAUUUAUGAACGAAAUGUUAAAUCAAAUUUUCGUUUAUUAGAAGAAUGUAUUAAACUAUUUGGUACAUUUUCAUCUGAUUUUAUUAAAUAUGAAUAUUAUGCAAAAGAUGUACCUGAUGAAAGAUGUACAAUUAUUAUUUUAGCUAUGCUUGCACAUGAUUUAAUUUUUUCAAAUAAUAAUAAUAAUGAAAAUGAUUUUCGUCAUCAAAAACUAUUUAAAGAAUUGAAAGAAAAAUAUUUUAAUGAUAAUGAAUCAAUAAUUGAUAUAAAAAAUAAAGAGAAUUCAAUUAAUUCUUCGGAAAUUUCUAUAUCAACUAAUACUUUUGUUAAAGAAAAAUUAAUAUUUGAAGAAGAAGAAGAAGAUAAAGAAAACAUAACAAAUUUACCAUUAAGAGCACUUUCACAAUCAAUUUUAAAUACAAUGAAUUAUGAUAUUCUUGAUCGUAUUGAAUUAUUAUCGGAAUUAGAUCAUAGUGAUGAUGAUGAUGAUGAUGAAGAUGAUGAAGAUUCAUUUAGUUCAAUAACAAGAAUAGAUCAUCAGCGAAUAUUAUUUGCAGCAACAAUAUCAUUAAAUGAUUUUAUUGAAUUAGAAAAAACAAUUGAAAAUGAAGAAAAUAAAAAUCCUACUAAUAGUACAUCUUUAUUUCUUAUUGAUGAAACAAUCUCAUCUGACAUUGAUGGUAUUGAAUUAAAUAAAUUAGAUGAAAUACCUUUGGUUGAUCCAGUGAAUAGAAAAAUGAUUAAAGAAAUAUUUAUGACGUUUUUAUCUCAUCAACAGCAAACAUUUAAAAAUGAAGAAUCAAUGGGUUAUAAUAGUCAAUCUAUUAGACAGAUAUCACAUGAAAAACAAUCAGAAACACAACGUGAAGUACAUGCUGCGCAAGUUUUUCAAGCUCAUUGGCGUGGACGUCAAGUUCGUGUUGAUAAUAAACGUGAUAAUCAUCCUGUUGUUGCUAUUGUCGAAAAAUUUCGUUCAUAUGAUUCAAAAAAUAAUUCGUCAUUAACAUUACGUAAACGUAUGAUACAAAUUGUACACGAAUAUUAUGAAUUAUCAACAUCAUCUCUGACUGUGUAUUUACAUUUUAUACGUGAUAUAGAAUCAAUUAUAAAUUCUUGUAUUGAAAUACGUUAUUUAAUAGCUCAACAAGGGUUAUUACGUUUAUUUUUUCUUUUAAUGAGAUGUUGUAAUCGAAGUGAAUCAUUAACUGUUUCACUUGGCAAAGUAUUAAAUAUUUUACAAUUAUUUACAGUUAAACAUAAUCUUAUUAUGAAAUUAAUUGAUAGAUCAGAACAAAUAAAAGAUUUUAUUAUGCUUUUAUUAAAAAAUUAUCAAAAAAAUGAUUGUGAAUUAUUUGAACAAAUUUGUUUUUUACUUCAAACUAUUGUAAAUGAUGAACAAGCUCGACAAAUAUUACGAUCAAAUAAAUCAUUUACUGAAACUAUUGAAUAUGUUUAUAAACGUUUAUUUAAUAAAAUAUCAGUUAAAGAUAAUAAAUAUCGACAACAAGUACGAUCAACACCAAAACCAUCACAUGAAUUAAUAAAACGUCGAGUAACUGUAUUAAAUCAAUCGUCCAUUGUUUAUCCGACUCCGAAAAUAAUGCAUCGAUCAAUUGAUAUUCAAAAUGAAAAUAUUUUAAAACAAAAUCUUAUUUCAAUUGAACAAUUUAUGAAAGUGUUUUAUCGUCAUUAA